AUGGGACGCUGUGGAGUGGAAUGGUGGGUAAUUAGGUUCGGUCUGAGGAAGAAGACGAAGAGGCAACGAGGCUCCUUAGACCAAGAGCCUCUUCGCCGCGUCAAGGAGCCUCCCCUUGAAGAAGAUCCGAAGAAGAGUAGAAUAAAGCUAAGUAAACAGGAUAUGAAGUGGUCCAUGAUGCGCCUGCAGCAGACUGGUCUCUCAACACAGGUGAUGGAGGCUUGGCUGGUCACACAGGUGGUGGAGGCUGUGUUGACCUCAACACAACAUGGCAGCUACUCUGUAAUUUUCAUUACGGACGGCACUACCUCACCCUCCACUGUCUUCAUGAUAACAGAUCAUCUGCGGUUUCCAGGAGGAGUUGGGUUAUUUGAAGCAGUAAUUAAUGGCUCUCAUUUCAACCUGUGGGACGAGCACCUCUCACUGUUGUUUGAUAAUGUUAAGAUGCUGCGGAAGUUGUCAUCACAUAUAACAAUUGUGGUGAUAAGUGACGAGGCAACCUUCCUCGCCGCCUUCGUCAAGUGGUCCGUCAAGGGGCGCCUCAUGGUGUGGUCGACGAGGCUCCUCAUCCUCACUCACUCUCGCCUCAUGGAGCUGCAGGAUCUCCACACAACCUUGUCCAACCUCAACUCUAUGUUGGUUAUUAUCAACGACGACACAGCUAACAUCAGGUGCAGUGUUUACGUCCAGCUGCCGUAUAGUCCGCGGGGAUCCCAGGUUGUGCAGGUGGCCUCUUGGACACCUCGUCGUGGCCUCCUCCUCACCUCACACCUCCCACUCUUCCCGGAAAAGUUCUCAAAGGUUGUCCUUGGGCUCAUUGGCUUGUCAUUUUCCCUUCUCAGCUUUCCUUGGACUUUGCUGUGGUGUGUUAGGGACUCCACAUAUAGCUUAGCGCUUUCAUUUUCCGUCCCCUCGAUUGCUCCUGAUCACUCAACGGACUUACAAGAAUUUUCAUCAAGUUUUAAGGAUGCAGGUUACUACUCCAGCAUCGUUAACGACUAUCAUGAGAAGAGGAUGGCCAUGAACACUGCAGUGACAUGGGUUAUAGUGAGGAAUGUGCUGUUUGAAGCAAUGGAGCAUGAUGUGGUAACGGUUUUCCGAAAUUAUGGAAAGAUCCACGCAGCGGAAUUGGGAGUGUGGAAAGAUGGCCCUUGGAGUGCGGAGGUCGACAAGGCAGAGGAGGAAAUGGACGCAUGUGUUAUGUUACCUGUUGGUACGGAACCUGUACAAGCGUCGAAGAGGAAAGAAGAUGACGGGUGUGCAGAGCAACAGGAUGGAUUGCUGGAGGAGGUUUUAAACUCCUUUCUAAGUGAGGUGGAGGGCACUCUGGGGGAAGUGGGGAGUGGCUGCACGUCGGAGACAUCACACGAUGCUUUAGUGCCUGGGGAGACUUUGUGCACUAAUAGAAUGGUGCACACAGUUGUGGCAGAGGUGCACAGGGAGGGGAUGGAAGAUGAGGAAGUGUGUGUUGAAGGAGGUUCUCGCAAGCGAACGGCUGGAACAUCGGUGAUGGACGAUGUCCUAACUUCAGGGCAGAGGUACUCCUUCGUGCGACCUCCUGACAGAGUCUGGGGUGUUAAACUCAAUAAUGGAUCAUGGUCUGGCAUGAUGGGCAUGGUGGUGAGGGAGGAAGUAAGUAUCGGUGCUGGACCUCUUAUGGUUGAUAGAUGGCGAGCCGAGGUGGUGGACUUCACUGUACCAAUGGUAAUAGACUACUGGAGGAUCGUGGGGGUCCGUGGUCUUCCAGAGUUGAACCCCUGGGGUUUUCUGUUCCCCCUGGCACUGCUGGUGUGGGCGGCCAUCCUGGGGACACUGGUGGUGCUUGCUGCUGCAGUGUUCCUUGUGUCUUCUUGUUAUAUCGGGAGUGACGUCCAUAAUUAUUGGUUUCACGUUACCUUCGGCUAUGUUCGGAUAUUAUUACAACAAGAUACGACGCUGCCUAUAUACUGGUUGUGGGAGCGGGUGGUGUUGAUGGUGUGGAUGAUGGUGACACUGGUGUUAACACGGAGUUACUCUGGCAACCUCAUGGCUCUUCUGGCAGUGAGACACAUCCCUCAACCCUACCAAACACUACGAGACGUGAUGGACGACCCAUCUGUGAAAAUGAUAUGGCAAAAAGAUUCUGCACCUGUUCAUUAUCUAAAAGAAGCAAAGUCGGGCAUAUAUCAUGAGAUAGACGAUUCUGAGAAGAUUGGUCGGCUCAUAUACUUACCACUUACGCAUUUUCCAGAAGCUAUAGAUACUUUGGUAAGACGGGGCGACCACGUCAUCAUUGUUGACCACAGUGAUGUCAUCCCUGCUCUUGCUCAAGACUUCACGCAAACAGGAAAAUGUUCAUUUUACGAGUCCAAAAGCGAGUUUCUGCAGACCAUUCUGUCAAUGAUCAGUCAGAAGGACAGUCCACUCGUGCCAGCUAUAAACAAGAGGAUGACGUCGAUGACAGAGGCUGGGUUGUUCUUCCAGUGGUUGAUAGCUGAUGAACCCAACUCCACUGUGUGUAAUCAUGUUCCCACCAAGAUCAUAGUCAAUGAGGCACUCUCUCUCAGCAGCCUAUGGGGAAUGUUUGUCAUCCUCCUGGUGGGUCAUCUUACCAGUCUGUCUGUGUUCUCCCUCGAGCUUCUCAUUCAUCGCAUCAAACAAAUUUAG